AUGGAUGAGACUCUCUCCCAGCUGGACUCUCAGAAGGAUGAGAGCAAAUUGAUCCUGUCUUCGGACCCAGCCAUUGACAGCAAAACCACCAUCUACUCCAACACUGCAAGCAACACGUUCUUUAGUUCCUGUGUACCUUGUAAAAAGGCUUCUAAUAAUGGGGGCUUUGUGACUUGUCCCACCUGCCAGGGCAGUGGGGAGAUCCCCCGAGCCCUGGAGAAGCAGUUAGUGGCUCUCAUCCCCUACGGGGACCAGAGGCUGAAGCCUAGACACACGAAGCUGUUUGUAUUCCUGGCGGUGCUCAUCUGCUUCAUGACCUCCACCCUCAUCAUCUUUUUCCUAUUUCCCCGGUCCACCGUUGUGCAGUCUGCAGGCCUCAACUUUUCCACAGUGGCCCUUAAUGAAACUGGUAUCAGCCUCAACUUAACGAAUGUCUUGAAAAUCUCCAAUCACAAUUACUGUCCUAUCACGGUGACCCAGCUGGCCAUUGAGGUUCUACACCUCUCACUUGUCGUAGGACAGGUCUCCAAGAACCUCCUCUUGCCCAUCGGCCCUUUGGCCAGUGAACAGAUGUUUUAUGCAGUGGCUAGCAACAUUCGGGAUGAAAAUACAUACAAAAUCUGUACCUGGCAGAAAAUCAAAGUCCAUCAUGUGCUUUUAUACAUCCAGGGCACCUUGACCUAUUCCUACCUGAGCCAUUCAGAGCAGGUGGUUUUCCAGAGCUAUGAGUAUGUGGACUGCCGGGGAAACUCAUCGGUGCCCCACUUGCUGACCCCUCUCCCACCAUGA